AUGAAACGACAACGUGCUCCACAGCAGCGUCUCUCCUCCAUAGGAAGAGCACUGGCAGCAAGUGUUUCUUUUGGAGCCUUCUGCCUUCGGGUAAAGUCGACCGCUGCAGCAGCAGCGGAGGCACUGCUACUAGCGGACGAACCCUUAACGUUGACGGAGGGAAGCGGUUUGUACUGGGUCAAGGCCGCAGAUACGCGGGAGGGGCACGCGGCGGCUUGCCUCAGGAAUGGGCUUGACCCCACGCCGCCAGAUAUUUUCCUACCAGAUCAGGCGCUGCCGGCGUUGCAAGCAGCAGUGCCGGUAGAAGGAGCACCCGACGGGGCUGCAAGCAGCACGCCGCGAAACGCCUCCUCCUCCGAUGCAACAACGCCCCCGCCGGCACAGCCGCUUUGGUCGGAGAAUCUUUUGACGGUGAUCGCCAACGGUCUGGGUCUGGAGCUCGAGAGGUCCGGUGGGUUGGCGGGGUGCUGUGUUCCCGGGAUGUGGUGCGGGCCUCGCGGCUGCUACACGCUGGCCUUCGGGGACACCUUUUCCAACUACGGCGGGUACGUGGGAGUCCCUGCGGACGACUACAGCAUAUACACGUGCAAAGAGCCGAGCGUGCCGCUCGCGGCGCCCGUGGACUCAUCAACCCCGGCACCAGCGGUCAACGGUUCGGACCCGAGCCACGCUGCCUCUGCCCACGGCAGCACAACCGCAGCCCUGCCGACACUUUCUCCUACGGCUCCUGCCGCGGAAGUGGGAGAGGAGGCGGGCGACGGUUCCCCAGCCCCGCCGGUGCGGCCGACGGUCGUGUCCGUGGGGCCCGAGGUGGUGAAGGCGGGCGAGGCCCUUAUGGUGGUUGGCUCCGGGUUCGGGGAGGCGGUGUCGGACGUGCGGGUCAUGGUCGGCGGGCGGGAUUGUCGGGACCCCGAGCUGUGCCACCUGGUGUGCAGGCCGUGCGGCGAGGAGGACCGGUGCGAGUUCGACGAGAUGUGCAUGGAGGACGGCCUGUCCAAGGAAAAGGUUUGCCUGCCGAUAUGCGACGGCACGGAAGGCUCUUGCCCUUGCGACCACCGCUGCCUGCCGAAGCGCUUCGAGCUCCAGGGGGAGCCGCACAGCAUGGUGGUCAACCUCUGCCGACCACCAGACGCAGGCAAAUCCCAAUUUACUGUGCCACGGGAGCGUGCUUCGCGAGCAAGAGCGAAUACAGUGCACCGUUCCGGUGUUGGUGUGGGAUCAGGCGGAGACGGAGUCUUCCGAUAGAGCGGGCGUGGGACUGGGCCAAACGCCCUCCGUCCGCAGGGGAAGACAUCUCGAUGGUGAUGGCCGGCGUGGGGGUGAACGUG